AUGUUUAUGGGAUUAUUCAUUGUUGGUACCAUAUGUUACUUUAUUUCUCAAAAGAGAGUACUUGUCAUAAUACCACAAACACUAUUUCAAUGGCUAGGAUACGACAUAACAUCGACACAUGCGUUCUAUGUAACGAUCGGCAUCGUCGUAUUCUUCUGUUAUCUACUUGGCACAAAACGCGUUUUGAAAUGGCCGAUAUUUGUUUGUUUUAUGUCGUUUAUCAUCAUUGAAUUGAUUAUUUAUAUAUCUCUACGGUACUUCAUUCGACUACUCGAAUCAAUCUUUAUUCGUCCACCGAUGUUGAACAAUGCUGAAACAUAUGAAGAAUGGUAUGAAUAUGCUAACGAAACCGAUAAACUACACGGACGAGAAGUGUGGAAAGCCAGUUCGGAAUCGAAAUAUUACAACAAUACACUAAUUCGAAAGUUGACUAAUGAAUUAAAAACUUCUCGUGAAUCUGGUGAUUUAGAAAAGAAUAUGAAACUAUUGCAAAUGUGUAUCAAUAAAAACAUGAAUGGUAUACUCAACGAGCAUUUGUAUUCGAAAAGUUUAGUUGGCACGAAAUACGUCAUUGAGGAAUAUAUUGAAGAGAUUGUUACAAGUUUAGAGUAUCUUACCGAACAAGCUCAAUCGAUUCAAAUCAAAAGUUCACAUUCAACAGAUAAUUUAUCAUCGAUCGAUUACAGUGAAUUGCGAACAAUCGAUAUGAUAAAUGUGAACAGUACAUCAGAGGAACUUCCAUCGACUGAACUUGUCUUACAAGCGUUGAAAGCAAUGAAAUUUCAUUACGGUGCAACAGCAUUAUGCUUAUCAGGUGGCGCUGGUAUUGGUCAUUAUCAUUGGGGAGUCGUCAAGGCACUUCUGUCCUCUGGAUAUCUACCGAAAAUUAUCAGUGGUACAAGUAGUGGAGCAGUUGUGGCAGCUGUUGUUUGCACCCGAUCUGAUGAAGAACUACGAUCAACAUUAGAAGCGAAUAUUUUAUUAUCACAAUUCAAUUGUUUCGAUGUUUCUUGGAUCGAUCGACUGAAAAAUUAUGUGAAGCAUCGCGCGAUGUUCGAUCGAGAUCGUUGGCUAGAGAAAUUGCAGUGGUUUGCAGGUGCCGAUGGACCAGGAACGGUUGGAUUGACUUUCAAGGAAGCAUAUGAAAAAACCGGUCGGAUAUUGAACAUCACCGCAACAAGCGCACGGAAACAUUCGCCGCCUCUCUGUCUCAAUUAUCUCUCAACGCCGAAUGUCACAAUAGCAUCGGCUGUCUUAGCAUCAGCAGCUGUGCCUGGUCUGAUUCAUCCCGUUCAUUUAAUUGAAAAACUAGUCAAUCGACAUGGUGAAAUAAGUUACCGACCAUUGCAUGAUGAACGAUUACAGUUCCGUGACGGAAGUUUCGAGAAUGAUAUUCCAUUGAAUACACUAUCGGAAGUAUUUGGUUGUAGUUAUUUUCUAGUUAGUCAAACCAAUCCACACAUAAUUCCAUUCUUUUUCAAUGCGCGUGGGCAAGGUGGACUCCCAUCCGGCUGGCGUUUACGCGGGGGCGCAUAUCGUGGAGGAUUUCUUCUAGCUACAUUUGAACUACUUUUAAAAGAAGAUAUGAAGAAGUAUCUACGUGUUUUAGGAAUGUUAGAUGUGUUACCUGCCGUUCAAGAACAAGAUUGGUCGUUUUUAUUCUUACAGGAAUUUCAAGGUCAAAUAACUAUGGUGCCCAAUGCACGAUUGAUCGAUUACUUUCGAUUGAUUAGUGAUAUUAAAGAUGUGAAUGUUAUUGCUCGUUAUCUCCAAGAAGGCAAACUGACUGCUUGGAGAAAGUUCAGUAUGAUUAAAAAUCGAGAACGAAUUCGAUUGACACUGGAAAAUUGUAUACAAAAAUUAGAAAAUAAAAUUGAAAAUUGA